GGGGCGAGGUCUGGGAUCCGAACUUCCUCCCACGGUAGCUUCGGCUGCGCCUAGCCUGCGUACCCACCCUCAGCGGGGGUUUGAGACCCCGCAGGCGGGCGUGGCGGUGGGUCCAGAGCUGGAGGCCUGAAUCGGGUGGCAUUCUGGCGUGAGGCAGCGAGCUCUGCGACCCUGCGAGAUGGAUGGCGCAGAAGGCAACACGGGGCAGCCCGGCCCUGCGGAGCGGUCCCACCGAAGCAGCGUUUCCUCCGUGGGAGCCCGAGCAGCAGACGUGCUGGUGUACCUGGCUGAUGAUACCGUAGUGCCCCUGGCUGUGGAGAACCUGUCCUCCAUCAGUGCCCAUGAGCUGCACCGUGCAGUCCAGGAAGGCCUGCAGCUCCCAGAUGUGGCCUUGGAGGCCUUUGCACUCUGGCUUGUCUCCCCUCUUCUGGAGGUGCAGCUGAAACCCAAGCACCAGCCCUACAAGCUGGGCCGCCAGUGGCCGGAGCUGCUGCUGCGAUUCACCGAUGCCUCGGAUGAAGACGUGGCCAUGGAUGAGCCUUCCCUUCAGUUCCGAAGGAAUGUGUUUUUCCCAAAGCGCCGAGAGCUCCAGAUCCAUGACGAGGAGGUCUUGCGGCUGUUCUAUGAGGAAGCCAAGGGCAACGUGCUGACUGCUCGGUACCCUUGUGACCUGGAGGACUGUGAGGUGCUGGGGGCCCUCAUAUGCCGUGUGCAGCUUGGGCCCUACCAGCCUGGCCAGACUGCUGCCUGCACUCUGAGGGAGAAGUUGGACUCCUUCCUUCCUGCCCACCUCUGCAAACGAGGCCAUGGCCUCUUUGCUGCCUUCCGGGGCCGCGGGGCCAAGACUGGGCCAGGCGAGCAAGGCCUGCUGAAUGCCUACCGCCAAGUGAAGGAAGCAGCAGGCAGUGACAGUGGGCCUGAGACCACCUUGGGCUCCUACUAUCGCGCCUACCUCCUCAAGUGCCACGAGCUGCCCUUCUACGGGUGUGCCUUCUUCCAUGGUGAGAUCGACAAGCCGGCCCAGGGCUUUUUGCAUCGGGGCGGGCGCAAACCAGUUACCGUGGCCAUCAGUCUGGAGGGUGUGCAUGUCAUCGACAGCAAGGAGAAGCAUGUGCUGCUGGGUCUGUGCUUUCAGGAGCUGUCAUGGGACCACACAUCCCCCGAGGAGGAGGAGCCUGUCCUGUGGCUGGAGUUCGAUGGUGACAGUGAGGGCACACCUGUCAACAAGCUCCUGAGGAUCUACUCCAAGCAGGCUGAGCUGAUGAGUGGCCUCAUUGAGUAUUGCAUUGAGCUGAGCCAGGCCGCUGAGCCCACUCUGCCCCAGGAGAGUGCAUCUGGUCCCCAAGAAGCUCCCAGACCCUCUCCACCUCCCAUUCAGCGCCCCAAGCUGCGGAGACAGGGUAGCGUGGUGUGUAGCCGGAUUCAGCAUCUCUCCACCAUUGACUAUGUGGAAGACGGCCGGGGGAUCAAGCGAGUGAAACCAAAGCGCACCACAUCCUUCUUCAGCCGACAGCUCUCCACCAGCCAGGGCAGCUACACUGUGGUACAGCCCGCUGAUGACAGCCUGGAGCAGAGCUGAGGGAAGCCGUGCCUGACAUCUGGAUGCCCCGGACUGGAACAGGCACUGCCCUAGGCAGGACCAAGCCACCUCAGUCCCACAGGCUGUGGGCCUGGGCUGGGCUGUGCAGGGUCUGCUUUGGAAAAGUGAUGUCCGAACCUGCCCUGAACCUGACUGGGAGGAGCUGGCCUGCAGCCCUCUCUACAACCUGCCUCUUCCUGAACUCCAGGCCCAGCAGCUGCCCCUCCUGCUCAUCUCCACAUAGACUGUCUUCUCUCUGAAGGGACUGCUGGCAGUUCCAAUGGCAGGGGACUGGUCAGAGCUCAGGGCCUGCAAGUUCAGUGUUUGCCCUUGGUCUCCAGGACCGCAGUGACCUUAGCUUGUAUUCCUUCUUCUGACAUUCCACCCACACUGCCAGGACAGGCUCUGCCUUCUCUCCUGGGGUGUGUGGGACUGGAGGUCCGCUCUGCAGGUGGAGGCCUGUGUGCCUGGUCUCUGUCCUAGCGACUGGCUCCACACUCCACACAAGGAAAGCCCUGGCAAGCCCUUCCACCU